UGCAUCUAUUGCGUUUUUGUCCGUUCUUCAAAACUUAGGGUACCCAGUCAGUCUUUGGAGGAUGCAGACAGAGCAUCAGGACGACGACGAGUUGGACCGGUUGAGCCGAGACGAGCUGCUCAGGCGACUGCGUGCUGCAGAGAGCGAGCUGCGAUCCCUGCGACGACAGAGCGCACCAAGCUCGCAGGCAGCCGCAAGUGCAAGUGCAAGUGCAAGCACGGCGGGCAGUAACUGCAGCAGCAGCAGCCGGGACGCUGCGCGGACUGAAACCGAGCAGGAUUCGCAGCCAGCACCGCAUGGCGUCAAACGACGCGCCACCGAGACCGAUGGAUCGGAAACAUGCACGACGGACGAUGUGGAGAGCGACAGUGCUCAGGCGAGCAUGGGGAGUGGCGGCGCGGCGGCGGAAUCCGAGAAGCCGGCCAAGGGCAAGUCGAGCAAGCCCGAGCGCGCGUUCGACUUUGCGCGCUUCCACAAGCGCCACAUUGCACUCAAGAUUGCGUACUUGGGCUGGAAGUACAAUGGGCUGGCAAUCCAGCCGGACGUCGAGACCGUCGAAGGCCAUCUCAUCAGCGCCCUCAAGACCUGCAUGCUCAUCCCAGACCUCUCGUGGGCCAACUAUUCACGCUGUGGUCGCACGGAUGCAGGUGUCAGUGCAUUUGGGCAGGUCGUCUCGCUGGAUGUCCGCACCAACUUGACCGAAGGCGUUGGUGUGAUUCAGCAAGAGUCUGCCAUCCCGUUCCAAAAGGGGCGGAAAACCGAAGCAACCCAUGCCGAGCUCGAGUACGUCUUCAAGCUGAAUCGCCAGCUUCCGGCCGAUAUCCGCGUCGUUGCUUGGACACCAGUCCCGCUGGCCUUUGACGCACGGUUUAGCUGUCUUUAUCGCAAGUACAAGUACUUUUUCCCCAAGAACAACAUGAACAUUGAGGCGAUGCAACGUGCCGCGCAGUACUUUGUGGGCACGCAUGAUUAUCGAAACUUUUGCAAAACCAACUUUGACAACGGGGUCAAGAGCUUUGUUCGCCGCAUCCUGGCCUUUGACGUGGUGAAAUCAACCUGCUUGCCCAUCAACAGUGCGACAGAUGCCACAGAUCUCGAAGGCCAGGCUGCUGAAAUGUACGAGCUGAACGUUCUGGGCUUUGCCUUCCUCUACCACCAAGUGCGCUGCAUGACUUCCAUUCUGUUCAUGGUUGGUCAAGGAUUGGAGCCCCCGGAAGUCGUGGAGCACAUGCUCGAUAUUGAGAAAUGCCCCAACCGUCCAAACUACAACAUGGCAUCCGAUGUGCCGCUCGUGCUCUACGACUGUGUGUUUGAAGAUUUGGAAUGGCGGGUCGAGCCUAAAACGCAUGACAGGACGAUCGAGACAAUCACGCAGCUCAUGCAAGAGCCGCUCAUUCGGACGACCGUCUAUCGAAGCUUGGUUGCCCAACUGAAUGACGUUGUUUUGGGUUCGCACCACUGGAAUGCACAAGCCCGCGCUGCACUCGGUUCGCCAAACAAUGCUUGGAUACCCUGGAAGGCGAUUCGAGACCAGGCAGGACAAUCGUUCGGAGCCGCUAAAACCCAUAAGCCUGUUUUGCAGCGAGGCGCGCGCGAAUCUGUCGCCGAGAUCUUUGCUACUCAUGUCCGAAAGAAGAUGCGACAAGGGACAAGUGAAGACUCGAGUCCAUCAGCCAGCGUUGCAGAUUUGACACAAUUGGACCAAUAACACGCAAAUGACGCUGCCAUUGUCAGCCAAAAUUUGAACAUGACAAUCAAGGAUUACGAUCGACCCUUCUGGACCGGGUGCAAUAAACCACUCGAU